ACAUACAAUAGCCAUUGUAUCCUCACCAACGAGCCCAUUCGUCAGGUAGACGAGAGAAGAGUUGAGUCUCAGCUCUGAAGUUACAGUUUCGAAUAAUAGACGACGACAUCUUAACAACAAGAUGGACAAUCAACUAAACGAAAGUUUUGCUUACCGAUCUGCUGGGAAGCCACCGGUUGUUUGGGGCUUUCCUCCAGGUGCAUCCAUCAUCGACACAGUUCCAGAAGAUAUGCUGGAUAUGAUUCAUCCUCACUGGCGAAAAUUCCCCCCUGUCAAUCCAAUGUGGCACUAUCUGCUUGGACUCCUCUACAUUGUAUUGGGUAUCACCUCCAUCACGGGCAAUUCCUUGGUUCUUCAUCUGUUUAUGAAAACAAAAGAUUUAAGAACACCAGCCAACAUGUUUGUUGUGAAUUUGGCUUUCUCCGACUUGUGCAUGAUGAUCACGCAGUUUCCAAUGUUUGUCCUCAACUGCUUCAACGGUGGAGUUUGGCUUUUUGGGCCAUUCUUGUGUGAAUUAUACGCCUGCACCGGCUCUAUUUUCGGAUUGUGUAGCAUCUGUACAAUGGCUGCCAUCAGUUACGAUCGCUAUAACGUUAUCGUCAAUGGGAUGAACGGAACGCGUAUGACCUACGGUAGAGCGGGUGCAUUUAUUUUAUUCGUCUGGGCUUACGCCAUUGGAUGGAGUAUCACUCCCUUCAUCGGCUGGGGACGAUACAUACCGGAAGGAAUUUUAGAUUCCUGCUCAUUUGAUUAUCUAACUCGGGAUGCGGUGACUGUUUCUUACACUUGCUGCCUCUUCGUUUUUGACUAUUGCAUGCCACUUAUUAUCAUCGUAUUCUGCUAUUACCACAUUGUUGGAGCUAUCAUCCACCAUGAAAAGGCUUUGCGUGAGCAAGCAAAGAAAAUGAAUGUAACAUCGCUUCGUUCAAAUGCCGACCAGAAUGCUCAGAGUGCUGAAAUUCGUGUCGCAAAAGUUGCUAUGGCCAACAUCGCUCUUUGGGUGGCUAUGUGGACUCCCUACGCUACCAUUUGUUUGCAAGGAGCUGUUGGAAAUCAAGACAAGAUCACACCGUUGGUUACUAUUUUGCCAGCAUUGAUUGCUAAAAGUGCUUCAAUAGCUAAUCCGAUUGUCUACGCCAUCUCGCAUCCGAAGUAUCGCCUGGCUUUGCAAACCGCUCUUCCGUGGUUUUGCAUCAACGAGAAAGCUCCCCCCGGUGGAGAAACGCAGUCGCAAACCUCUGCCUGUACUGCUAGUACCAGCUAGAUGAGAUCAAAUGUGGAUUGCCCUUCUUGCCUAAAGCUAACGAUCGAAACAAAGAAUUUACUUUAAGCGAAAUUACUCAUUCUUAUGUACCUACGUGUUACAGUCUAGCGGUGUAAUCCCUUAAUGGACAGAAUUAGUGUGCUUUACUAGUUGAGUUUACGUGGACGACGAAAAAUUUUCUUCCGUUUACCUAGUGAACUGAACUUGUUAAAUUGUUGACAUACCAAACGAAAAAAGUAGCUAUUUUGCAGCGUAACGAAAAAAGCUUGCUUGUAAGUAAUUCUUUAUAUAUUAUUAGUUUAAGUGAAUCAAUUUUCGGUAUGAUGUAUGCAACAAUAUGACCUUAAUUUGUGACCUAAUUCGAUUUUAUGAUUAUAUGGAAGGUAGUGAUUCUUAUAU